CCUCCUGUGCUGUCGGUACUACAGCAGUCAUUCAAUGCCACAGCAGACUACCAGGAGUCAGUGACUUUCACCUGCGUCACAUCGGGAUCCCCCGACCCCGAGGUCACCUGGCACAGGUACAGUUAGCCCCCCUACAUACUAAGUCAUGGUUGUGUUCAUUAAGCACAAAACUGAAGAAUACAGGGGAGGCACUACCUGAACUUCAAAAAGAAACGCUCGUUUUCGUUUUCCAUUGCAAAAUGUUUUGCUACCUUGUGACCUAAUAAACAUGAUUAAUGUGUCCUAUUCAUACAUCGAAACUUCUAUACGCUUGUGGCUUGGUAAACCAAAUGUAAUCCACCCAUUCUUUGACAAAACUAUUAGCCAACCAGACCACUAGCUCAACCACAUUUGGGGUAGGUUUUGAUUUAUAUUAUGGCGAUGUCACCAACUGUAGUCUGGUUUAUCUAUCAUUGUUACAGACUAGUGCCUCCUUCAAUGUCCCAAUGUUCUAAAUGACACACACACACACACACACACUCUUUCUUCACAAGCCAGUGCUGUCGACAGACACUGUAAAUGAUGACAUCGCGUUGACACUGUGACAUGUCCUUCAAGAGUGUGCCGCCACCUGUACCGUGUGUCACAUUAGUCACACCUGCAUCAGUAACAUAUGUUACAUCUAACACACUCAUUCAUUCAUACAACAUCUGUUGCAUAUAUCCUUAACCUGAGUGACACACUCAUUAGCAUGCUCUUAGAAGCUAUAAUAACAGGGUUGUGUUCAUUAGGCACCAAACAGAAGAAAACAGUCUGAAACAUGGAUGAACAACUUGCGCUUGUCCAAUGAGAUAUGCAGAUUUCUUCUCCAUUGCAAAAUGCUUUAAAACACUUUUCAAUGUAUGCCCUAAUGAACACAACCUCUCUUUUGUGAAACCCCCCAGCCUUUCCCGUUCUUUUGUAUAUUCCAGUGCUAGCACACCGGAUUCUUCUGGUCAACUAAUCAUCAAGCCUUUGAUUAGUUCAUGUGAGCUAGUACUGUAAUAGAUGUAAAAAGUGGAGUGGCUAGAGAUACUUGAGGAGAGAUUUGGGAAACUCAAGGAGGUGUCCCAAAUGUACUUUCAUAUAUAUAUGCUGCUCUAUCAAACGCUAAUACAGUUGUGUGGGAGGAAUUCAUAAAUGUUGUGUACAUGUCAAAGUUCAUAUUCAACUUUCAGAAGAAAAGUCUAAACUGUGUCAUGCAUAUAACCUUUGGAGUGGUUCCAAAUAGAACAGUUUUUGUAUUGGCUGUGGGAAGGAUUUUGACUGACAAUGUUUUUGUUCCCCCGCCUCAAAUUCACUUUUGUAAUAGCUUUUCUAUCAAUGGGAGAGAUGGAGUUAUAAUUGGCCGUAUAAUUACAGAAAGCAAUUGAAAUGUUAAAUCUAUGUUUAUCCUGUGAAAAUUAUAUCUUGAUGUGCCUCGCCUUGCACCACUGGCUUGCAUAAUUGCUCCAUGUAGACUUUCAAAUAAAUGGUUUAGAAAGCUCUGGUUGUUAACCAUCCUGACUGCCAAGCUUGACUCUGUACUGUGACCGCAUGUGACCACAUCACCAUACACUUAGAAAUAAAGGUGCUAUCUAGAACAUUAAAGGGUUCUUCGGCUGUCCCCCCUUUGAAGGACCCUUUUGGUUCCAGGUAGAACCCUUUUGGGCUCCAUGUAGAACCCUGGAACCAAAACCAUGGAACCAAAAUGGGUUCUACCUGGAACCAAAAGGUUUCUAACUGGAACCAAAAUGGUUCUCCUAUGGGGACAGCCGAAGAACCCUUUUGGAACCUUUUUGUCUAAGAGUGUACUGCCCUCUCUGUUUCACCUUGCGCACUGCUCCACACUGACCACAACUCUACCCUGACCAUAUCUCCACCCUGACUGCAGCUUCACCCUUUUACCAUCACUCCACACACUGACCACAUGUCAUCACUGACCACAACUCAACUCUGACUACAACUCCACUAUGACCAUUGUGACCUCUUCAUCAUGAUCAACUGCAAUCUGACCACUGGGCCACCAUAACCAUACCCCCCCCCCCCCCCCCCCCCCCCCCCCCAUUCUGGUAUUAAAGAGCUAGAGCACACCUCUUUCUUUCUCAUCUUCUCUUGCUCACACACCCUCCUUCCCCUUCCUCCCACAGUUAUAUUUCCUGUUGUGUUGUGUUUCCACCUGGCUGGCUGGCUGUGCCUUUCAGUCAGUCAUAGACUCCGAUAAAGUCAGAGUAAUUUCCUGUGCCUAGUGCGCUGCCCGCUCCCCAGACCAGCUUGGACGUACACGCACGCACACACACACACACACACACACACACACACACACACUGUUCUUCAUUUCCUCCCUGACUCCUUCCAGCCUUAUUACUCUGCCUCAGUGUUUCUCCCAGUCCCCUUUCAAUUAUCCUCCUUCUCUCUCACUUUCUCUUUCCUUUAGAGACAGAGUUUUAACACCAUUGUAAUGUGUGUGGGGGUGGGGGAUGUAUAUGUGUGAUAAACCAUUUAUUUCUAAAUGCAGUAGAGCUAUUGUAUGUUUAUCGUAUCAGGGUGAAGGUGGUUGUGGUGGUGGAAGGGGGAUGUGUGUGUGUCUUGUCUGUGUGCGUGUGUGUGUGUAUGUGUGUGUGUGUGCAUACGUUUGUCUUUUGUGUCUGUGUGCAUGCAUAGAGGGGAAAAAAAAAUUUAGUCAGCCACCAAUUGUGCAAGUUCUCCCACUUAAAAAGAUGAGAGAGGCCUGUAAUUUUCAUCAUAGGUACACGUCAACUAUGACAGACAAAUUCAGAUUUUUUUUCUCCAGAAAAUCACAUUGUAGGAUUUUUUAUUAAUUUAUUUGCAAAUUAUGGUUGAAAAUAAGUAUUUGGUCACCUACAAACAAGCAAGAUUUCUGGCUCUCACAGACCUGUAACUUCUUCUUUAAGAGGCCCCUCUGUCCUCCACUCGUUACCUGUAUGAAUGGCACCUGUUUGAACUUGUUAUCAGUAUAAAAGACACCUGUCCACAACCUCAAACAGUCACACUCCAAACUCCACUAUGGCCAAGACCAAAGAGCUGUCAAAGGACACCAGAAACAAAAUUGUAGACCUGCACCAGGCUGGGAAGACUGAAUCUGCAAUAGGUAAGCAGCUUGGUUUGAAGAAAUCAACUGUGGGAGCAAUUAUUAGGAAAUGGAAGACAUACAAGACCACUGAUAAUCUCCCUCGAUCUGGGGCUCCACGCAAGAUCUCACCCCGUGGGGUCAAAAUGAUCACAAGAACGGUGAGCAAAAAUCCCAGAACCACACGGGGGGACCUAGUGAAUGACCUGCAGAGAGCUGGGACCAAAGUAACAAAGCCUACCAUCAGUAACACACUACGCCGCCAGGGACUCAAAUCCUGCAGUGCCAGACGUGUCCCCCUGCUUAAGCCAGUACAUGUCCAGGCCCGUCUGAAGUUUGCUAGAGUGCAUUUGGAUGAUCCAGAAGAGGAUUGGGAGAAUGUCAUAUGGUCAGAUGAAACCAAAAUAGAACUUUUUGAUAAAAACUCAACUCGUCGUGUUUGGAGGACAAAGAAUGCUGAGUUGCAUCCAAAGAACACCAUACCUACUGUGAAGCAUGGGGGUGGAAACAUCAUGCUUUGGGGCUGUUUUUCUGCAAAGGGACCAGGACGACUGAUCCGUGUAAAGGAAAGAAUGAAUGGGGCCAUGUAUCGUGAGAUUUUGAGUGAAAACCUCCUUCCAUCAGCAAGGGCAUUGAAGAUGAAACGUGGCUGGGUCUUUCAGCAUGACAAUGAUCCCAAACACACCGCUCGGGCAUCGAAGGAGUGGCUUCGUAAGAAGCAUUUCAAGGUCCUGGAGUGGCCUAGCCAGUCUCCAGAUCUCAACCCCAUAGAAAAUCUUUGGAGGGAGUUGAAAGUCCGUGUUGCCCAGCGACAGGCCCAAAACAUCACUGCUCUAGAGGAGAUCUGCAUGGAGGAUUGGGCCAAAAAAACAGCAACAUUGUGUGAAAACCUUGUGAAGACUUACAGAAAACGUUUGACCUGUGUCAUUGCCAACAAAGGGUAUAUAACAAAGUAUUGAGAAACUUUUGUUAUUGACCAAAUACUUAUUUUCCACCAUAAUUUGCAAAUAAAUUCUUAAAAAAUCCUACAAUGUGAUUUUCUGGAGAAAAAAAUUCUCAUUUUGUCUGUCAUAGUUGACGUGUACCUAUGUUGAAAUUUAUAGACCUCUCUCAUCUUUUUAAGUGGGAGAACUUGCACAAUUGGUGGCUGACUAAAUACUUUUUUUCCCCACUGUACAUGUUUUAUCUCUGUUUGCAUGUGUGUGUAAUUGAAUUGGUUGUGCACCUCUAGCCUAUAUGUUUUUAUGUGUAUUGUACGAAUUCAUCAUCUCUACCUGUACUAUCUCUCUGUACACAGGAAGGGCCAGCAGUUGGAGAGGUCGGAUCAGUAUGUCCUCAACACCCUGGAGGGAGGCAGGAGUACCCUGACCAUCCGUAACAUCAUCCAGGGGGACGGGGGCGACUAUACCUGCCGAGCCACCAACAAGGCCGGGGCGGAGGAGAGGGAGCUCUUCCUCAAAGUAUUCGGUGAGUGUAGCAGCAUGUCCCUCGUGGGCAUCCAUACUUAUGUUAUGACAUUCUCAAAUUUAAGUAAACAUGUAAAAUGGUCUCAAGUCGCAUUUAAUAAUUACAACCAAAAUAUAAUGUCCUUCGCAGCCGUCUUGAUGUCAUCAUGAAAAACACAUUGAUACCUGGAUUUUAUCUGGAUAUUUGAUGUUGCUUCGACCAGAAAACCAGAAUUGGACCAAGAAUUGAUGUCAUUAUAGCAUACCCAUUUACUUUUCAAUAAUUUUUCUUUAGAUGUCUAUAAACAGUAGGCACUAUAGAAAGCUUUUAACAUGUUUACUGUGUAUUCCUGUAUGUUCCUAGAGAGUCUAUAGUCUUUGACCUUAUGUGUGUCUCUCUAUAAAUAGAAAUCCAUAUGGAUUGGAAUGAAAGACACUGGGUCUUGAGAGCCACAAACUGCAAAUUCCGCCAUAGGCAGCAGGCACUAUAGGAAUCUACAUGUUUCCUGUGCAUUAUAAGGAACAUAUUCCAACAUAAGCUACAUAUUCCUGAGUAUUAUAACUAGCCCAAGAUAGACCACAGCCUGUCGUUUCCAAUAGGAACAAAUGAGUCAUAGUGGGCAGAGCCAAGCAUGAGCAAGUGAGAUCCUAUUGGCGCGUUCUACAAUGUAUUUUCAUAUUUCCAUUGAAAUAUCUACAAAACGUAGUCCACUCUGUUCGUAACAGAUUUUAGUUUUGGGAACAGAAAACUGUGUUGAGAUCAAAUGUUUUAUUGAUGAGAACAUUUGAAUAAUGUCGACCAAAAUCCAUCUCGCUCCAUCUUCUCCCAAUGCCGGCCACUGGGCUUCCUCUCAUCACCGUAUUUGGUAGUGAGUGGAAACGCCAACCAGAUGCUUCACACUUAUACAUCCAGUGAAAUAUCUGGCUCAAUAUCUGUGGUAUUACUGGAUGUUUCUAGAGAGUGUACAGUCCUUGACCUUAUGCGACCUCAUGUGUGUCUAUGAAUAUUAAUAUGGAUUUGAAUAUAAGGUGUUUCGUCUUGAGCGUUACAAACAGCCAAUUCCUAUUCACCAAGGGAAAAUAUUAUUUCAGUGGAAAACGUUCGCUAUACAGUCGCCACUACCUCAACCAAUCAUCCAACAACUUGAAUCUAAUACAAUUCCGGAGGGAAAAAAUAUAUCUAAUUUAUUUUACAAUCGGUGACACCCUGUUCAUAAAAGUUUCAAUGUAUAUUUUAAUAAAGCUGCCAGCAUAUUUCCUCCCUGAUUAUUCUGAUGGAGCUCUUUCCUCUUUAUGAAAAUGUAUGGAGAUUUAUGCUCUAGUCAUCAAGAUCCUUUCAAGGCCCAGGCUCCGGUUGUUCUUCAAAAUGCACAUUUAAAUGAAGAAGUUAGUGGAGGGCUUGAGUUUUGUUUUGCAAAGUGCGGCGGGGAAACACAGUUGUAAGAUAGUUUUAUUACCCCUGACAGUUGAAAGAGCAGGGGAUAAAGAGAAGAGAGGGAUUUGUCAUUAAGAGUUUAUGCCACAUUUCUUGGUGUUUCACAGGGUUGAAUUUGUGGCCUCUUGCGGUUGGUGUCCCCCGCAGCGAGCUGCGCUGGCCAACAUAGGGUCUACCAUGAAAUAUCAAUAUACAUAGGCUAUAUUGAAAUGGGAAUCUAAUCUACAUGUUAAAAAACUUGAAGCAAAAGCUUAUUUUACAUAAUAAUGUGUAUAAGAGAAGACCUUGAUGAAGGUAUUGGCUAAACGCGUAGAUUUUAACAAUAAAACAAACUUCCAUUGUGCUACCAAGAGUCGCUUAAUAUCUUUUAAUCUUCAGCUUGCUCCACUGAUCAUUUAUUCAUCUAUAAAGGAGAAGACACACUUGAACCGAAUUGACCAUUUCUUGUACCUGUUGUUCAGAAGCUUAAGCGGGUUAAGGAGUUAUUGUAUGAAUCAUAGGGCUCAUCUGUGUAUCGCUGCUUGGUUCCCACUAGGGCCUCUGGGUGUAAAUAGAGAAGCGGUGUAGUACUUGAGGCCGGUCUCCACCAAAAUAUUAGUGCCUCAUUAUUUCUGUCGAAAGAUAAUUGUUUAUGUUUACAUUUUUGGCUUCAAGGACAAAGCAAAUUUAACUAUGUAGGCCAAAGGCCUAAAGAAAGUCAUUGAUUUUGUGUUUGUGUGUGUGUGUGUGUGUUUGUAUGUGUGUGUGUGUGUGUGUGUGUUGGUGCAUUUAGGCAUAUGUGUGUGUAUGACCCCGUUAUGUGAAAAGCUCCAAAUCCCCUCAGAUGGCUCAUCCACCCUAAGGUUCACUCUGUGUGAAAUUACAAAUGACUUCUUGAUCUCGCCAAGAAAGCCUUAAAAUCCAGACACACUUUAGGCCUAUUUCUCCAUUCACUUCCAUUUCUUCACAGCUUUACAGCCGUCUCUACUUUACUUUUACAGGGUGUCAUUUUAAAAAAAAUACAUGAUUUAUAGUGCACACUAUUUGCCCAUGACACGUGUGGCGUUCAGGCUCUAGCUUAGACAGCCGUGUCUGAGAGUGGCUUAUUCGCCAGAGACAAAUGGUGAGCGGGCCUCGACGCCACAGCCGCGGUGCCCCGCUCCUUAAUGUUUUUUUAUCAGAGGCGCUCAGCAUCAAAAAAGGGUUUGUCUGUACACCGCGUGUCUCGUCGCUAAACACCCCCACCGGCAGCCAGCCAGCAUAAUGCUGUGUCUGUUAAGAAGCCAGAGGAAUCCACAGAAAGAAGGAAUAAAAUAGACAGUAUAUUAAAGAAUAUAUGAAAGAGGAAGAAACUUCUGUUGAAGAGAAAGAGGAGGAGUAAAGGUAUCGUGAGAAAGAGGUUUUGAGGGAGUAGGGAGACUUAAAGUCCUGGUUGUCUGUCUGGGCACGGUGUGGACAGUGGACUCAAAUGUACCAAGGACUGCACAGUUUAUAGCCUAGAGAAGUAUGAACAGUAGAUUUAGAUCUUAUGGCUGGCAUUAAUAAUCAAGCCCAAUGUCGUCCAUCCCCCAAUACAUGGUGUUAGCCUUAGGCGUGUCCUGUCUUAAAUUAUUGUCUUUCUCUUCCUCCCUAUCGCUCUCUCUUUAUCUCUUUCAUCCCUUCCUCCAUCUCUCUCUCUCUCUCUCUCUCUCCUUUAUCUAUCUUGGACUCUCUCCCCCCUUCUCCCUCCCUCCCUCUCUUUCAAUCUCUUUCUCUCUCUGUCCCUCCAGUCCAGCCACACAUUACCCAGCUGCGUAACGUGACGGCGGUAGAGGGCAGCGCCGCCAUGAUCUCCUGCGUGGCCGAGGGGGAGCCGCUGCCUGAGAUCUCCUGGAGGAGAGCCAGCGACGGUCGGAGCUUCGCCGACAGAGACAAGGUAACGCUGGGCUGUCCCCUGCUCUUACUGUCAGCCCCCCUGUUCACUAUAUGCUGCCUACUGUUGCACUCUACUGGUACCCGUUUCCCCCUCUCUAGACACACACAGUCACAUGCAAGCAAGCACACACACGCUCGCACACACGCAGGCACGCUUGAGUGCACACACACACACACACACACACACACACACACACACACACACACACACACACACACACAAGGUAACCCCGUUGUCCCUGCUUUUACUGUCCACCCUCCGCUCACUGCAUACUGCCUACAGUCACACAAAGUACCGUCCUCAACCCUCUCUCACCACUUAUUUCUUGCGCAGACACACAUGCGCAAACCAGAUGGCCGGUAUUAACAAAGAACAUGUCUGAGGAGAAUGCUCACCUUUGAGGAUGGCUGUGACUGCAUCAUAGAGUAAUUCUCAGCACUGAGAAAAAAUAUUGUAUAAACAUUUUGUGGGCCUAGUAAUUCCAACAUCUCCUUCCUAAGGUAUAUGUGAAGUAAAAUAUUAUUAAUUGUGUUACUAAACAAAGAGAUACAUUUAAGCCAUAGGGUAAGCUAAGUUAUACUCAGUGUAUCAAGGUUGGAUGCCAUUGAUGACUCAAUCGAAAUAAAAACAUGUUGUAUACGACUAGGAUGUUUUCAAUAAAGACCAUUAAUCUGAGAUUCUCUGAGCAUACAUUGUGAGUCAUAGUGCCUCAACGGACAAAGGUUAAAGAAAUGCUCUCAACAUGGCUAAGAGGAAACAGACAGCUACCGUGUGUUUGUCUGUCAUUGUCUCAGUAGCCGCCGAGCACUAAUGCUUUUCAAGAGACGCUGCAUUAGCAAAGAUGGCUGCCGCUUUCUAUGGAAAAAAGGUCAAUGGCUGAGAUAAAUGAAUGUGUGCGUUGGCUCAAACUGCUCGGCUUGAUAAAUCACGGUGCCGAAAGAGAGUAAAUGCGUCUUUGCGCACCGAGGCAAAUGCAAUUAUGUGAGCGCUGAGCAACACACCUAAAUGUAUGGGAAAGAACAAACAGGGCUUUGUGUAUACUGCUGCCUUGAUGGAUGGCCAUGGUCAUUUAGGUGUAAAGCUAGUUGCUUCUUCUCUCAAUUUACAUCUGCAUAUCCAGACACAGCCAGCAUGCUAGUCUCUAUUCUCUUAUUCUCUUAUCCAGUACCAUAAAGCGUAACGCAACUACUUUUACGUCGGGGUAAUGUAGCAAGAGCAUUGUUUUGUUUUGUUUUGUUUCCUUUUCGCCUUCGCUAGCCAGCUAGCGUAUUUGUUUCUCAUUGAAGCACAUACAAACCCAGCAAACCUGCUGAGAAACAUUGUACCCUGGCUGAAAGUCAAUGAUACAUAGUAACAGAGCAUUGUGGGUUUCUGUUCACCUGUUUUCUCUUCUCAAUGCCACUGGCGAGGUUAUGCUAGACGCAGCAGCGAGCCACAGCAGCUCCCCAUUCACGGCAGCUUAAUAAGGUCUUACAGUGAGCCGACACUCCCAAGGGCAACAGCAACAGCCACUAUAUCUUUACUGAAGAAAGAGGAUAAGGAAAGAUGUGGCAUCUUGUUUUAACUGAUCCAGAGCCAGUACUAAUACCAUCUGAGAAGUUCGUAUGGAGUUCAGCUUUGGAGAUAUCUUUUUUAAAAUCAUGUGUGAUCAUUGCAGGGUGUGGGAGGGCAUAUCCAGUUUCAUCACAUCAGAUAGGAGAGGGCUUCCACUGAUCUGCUCUCCAUCUCUCAUCUUCCACCUACCUUUACCUCUCUCUCUUUUUCUCCAUCUCUCUCUCUUUCUCUCUCUCUCUCUCUCUCUCUCUCUCUAUUUUUCUCUCUUUUUCUCCUCUCUCUACCUAUCUCUCUGUUUUCAUCUCUGUCUCUUUCUUGCUAUGUGGGCUUGCUGUCUCAUACUCUCUCUCUCUCUCUCUCUCUCUCUCUCUCUCUCUCUCUCUCUCUCUCUCUCUCUCUCUCUCUCUCUCUCUCUCUCUCUCUCUGUCUGUCUGUCUGUGUCUGUCUGUGUCUGAGUGUGUGCUCCUGCAGUGCCUCCUGUCCAUGUCAGCUCCUCUGCACUGCAUAUCAAACAGGCUAGUGUCUCACUCCCUCCUGCCCUCUCUCUCGCCCUCCUCCCUUUCCUCCCCCCAUCGCCUCCCUCCUUCUCCCUAGAGAGAGCAUCCCUUCCUAUGCCAGGGGAACCUGGGAAUAAAUAACCCAAUUCUAGGAGAGAGAGCAAGAGGGAGAGCGAGAGAGAGAAUGCACAAAGCCCAGAGUCAGCAUUCUCUUCCUCUGGCAGAUUUGCUUUGCUUUCUGCCCCCCUGUUUAUUUGACAGCAUUUCUAUUCACUCCAAAUUCAAUGUCCAGUUCCACUCCUGAAUUGUUCAAAUGGAAUGUGUAGGGAACCUGCUGUAUAGGUGAGGGAGCACACUGUGACCAUGCUACUGAAAGCACCACUUUCAUAGCCAACCACAAUUUUAUUAAAAAUAAUCAUGUUCAAGGUAAAACCAGGAUCAAACCAACUUUAAUCUACACAAGUGACGAUUCACCCGAAAUCAAACCAACUUUAUUAUACCCUUUAUCACUCCUAAAAAGGGAGGCCUCUUUAACCUUUAGGCCUCUCUAACCUGGCAGUAGCGAGAGACUGUGUGAGCUGAAAUAACUGCAAGAGAAUGUGUCAGUCUGAAAGAGUGUCAAGACUAAAAGAGAAGGGAGGAAAAUGACACAGAGACAGGUCCCAGAGGGGGGAGAGAUAUCUAUAGGCCAAAUUAGACCUGGCAUGGGAACUCUGUGGGUUACGACUGCAGUCUUCUGAGUGCUGGUUUCUAACCCUAGCACUUGAUUAAUCAAUGGCAGUCACUAUCUGUUUAGGGAGUCCGCCCAGCUAGCAGACGUGUUCAAAUAAUAUUUGUUUUCUUUCAAAUAUUAAAAUAACCAUUGGAGUAGUCUCAAAAGUGCAAAUCCCGCCCAUCUGGCACUCCAGACAGGCUUGAUCAAACUCUCAAAGUAUUUGAAGAACCCAAAAGAUCUCCUUUCUAAGUGAUGAUCACCCUGAGAUAGUUUGUCUUUGUUAAGCAUCAUUGAUGAUUAUAAGGAAUGAUUGCUGCUGCCAAUCUAAUUGACCCUUGGCUUCAAAUUGAGACCAUCUGUCUUCACAGUUCUCUAUCUAAUUAUUGCAAAUCAAUUGAUAGUCAAUCACAUUAAUCCUAGCCAGAGGCGUAAAACGGAUUUUACAUCAGAUACUUGGUUUGACUGAGUGUCAGAGGGGGUUUAACAGUUUUGAAGGUGUGUGAGGUUGUUAUGGAGUAAAAGGUCAACAGAAAAAAAAGUGUAUUUGUGUGUGUGGAUGGAUGGAGUGGAUAAAGCAAAUUCUUCACGAGAUGUACUGUAUGAAAUACAUUCACGAUCCAUUCAUGUGUGUGUGGUGUGUGCGUGUGUGUGCGUGCGCAUGUGUGUGUGUGUGCAUGCGUGUGCUCAUGCAUGUUUGUGUGCACAGAGCCAGGAUGGGCGUGUGGACGUGCGGGGCCGCCAUGGCAAGUCCAUGUUGACCAUCAGUGGGGUGAAGCUAACUGAUUUGGGCCGUUUUGACUGUGAGGCCCUCAGCAGGAUCGGGGGCCACCAAAAGAGCAUGUUCCUCGAUAUAGAGUGUAAGUACAGUCUGAGAACAAAAACACACAUGCCUGCACAGAUACAGUAUACACACACACAAGUUUGCACAUCUGAACAGUAUACACACAAAGAAAAUGGAGCACAGCCGCUACCUCACUCUUUAACCAAGGUGCAUGAAUUGAGGACAAUGGAAGUUAAUAAAAAAACGUCUUUUUAUUAUUAUUUCUAAAACCAAUACAACUCAUUUGCACAUGCAAAGCAUCACAACCACACACACAAAGCUGCUGACUUGUAAUAUUCCAUUGUUGAACACUGUUUCUGUUUUCCCUUUUUAACAAAUGCUAGAUUAAUCACAACAGAGUUGCCUGCCCCCCAGAAAGGCUAAUUAGUAUGAGGAUAUCCUGCUGCAUUAUUUAUCCAACCACACACACACACACACACACACACACACACACACACACACACACACACAUCAUUCCUGGUGAAAAAACUGCUUCCUCAAAUACUCUUUAAUAAUAAGAUUAAAGCUAAAGAUCUCACCAUCUCAUUUCAGAACACAGUUCAAUUCAAUCCAAUGGUUCUUUAACCCUUUGACGUGUACGGUCACAUAUUUGUGAUCAUUGUUGAGUGGUCCCUGCAGCGUACCAUUGCAAAUAUGUGAUUGGAAACAGUAGCAACAGAACGUUUGAUGCAACAAACGCAUCUAAACAGCAUUGUUGUGUACUGAUGAGAAAUAAUGGUCUUCACAACUUUAUUCCUCAAUUUCACCUUUUACUGUAAAAGAUAAAUGCAAACUUCAUCAUAAAUAAUAAAUAAAUAAUAUGCUAUUUAGCAGACGCUUUUAUCCAAAGUGACUUACAGUCAUGUGUGUAUAAUUUUGUACGUAUGGGUGGUCCCAGGGAUCGAACCCACUACCCUGGCGUUACAAGCGCCAUGCUCUACCAAUUGAGCUACAGAACACAUCCAAACAUCACACGGAACACAUCCACAGCCAAACUCAUUCCAUAAACCAGUUUACAUAACAGGUUGCGCUGACAAAAAACAAAACAUAAGUUAGCGACUUGUUUACAAUGUACCACAUCUCUCGUGAGCACAAGGGAGAAAUGUAAUAUUGUUUAGAAAAUAGCUGUGUCAGCUAAGCUAACAGCAGCUAAAUUCUGUUUGUUUAUGUUUGACAAGUGAAAACUCCAUAAUCCCAGAAUACCAUUCACUAUAAGAUGCAAAUAAACGAAGUCAAAGAUGGCUGCGCCCAUUGGCUGAAAAAUAUGAACUUAGUUUGGCCACUUUUCAGCAUUUUACAAAUCUUCGAUAUACUUGUUACAGUGUAUACAAGAACCGGAGCACAUGACUUGACAAGUCGUUUACAGUUUUUCACAAAUCAAAUGUUAUCACCUCACAGAUCAUCACCCCAAAUAUAAGCCUACUGCCUAGCCUAACCGUAGCGCGAAAGCUAGACAGGGAUGAAACCAUUUUAGGGGGGUUUGUGGGGGGGUUCAUGUCAUUUGUGGGGGGGUUUUGAAGUCCAUGGGAGGUAGAAAUGGGGGAAGGUAUUGUGCGGAGAUAUGAUGCAGGAAAUAUUACUAUGAUGGGGGAUUUAUCAAUAAAUGGGGUGCAAACACAGGAUAAAUCAAAUAAAACCCCUGGAAAGGGGGGGUCUGAGCUGGCAACCCUGAGGUACCAUAGUUACAAUCUGAUGCCGCGUUCAAAAGAACUGGGAACUGGGAACUCGGAAAUCUCCAACUUCCGACUUCAGUGCGUUCAAGACAACUGGGAACUCUGAAAACAACGAGCUCCGACUGGGAUUUUUUUUUUUAACGGUCAUCCAACUAGGAAUUCCAACUCGGGAACUCAGGCCUCUUUCUAGAGCUCCGACUUUCCGACCUGAAGAUCACUGACGUCAUGAUUUGACCUCGUAUUUUUCCCAGUUCCCAGUUGUCUUGAAAGCACCAUAAGUCAGUCGCGUGAACUAUGCCUUCACCUCGUUUUUUUAUAACAUCUUUGGUCUGACAGACGCUUACGUGACAAACAGAAUGCAUUGUAUGAUGUCAACAAACAUGGUGCCACACAUAGCUGGCAAAUAGCCUAGCAUUAGCUCAUCAUAAUCAGUACAACCAUCAAAAAGUAUUUUACACACAUCAUAUGUGUCCAUUACAAUCUUGCAAGAAUCGGAAUGCAUGAUUUGUCACCAGUACUUGAAAACGUGAAUAAAACAGUAAAUACAUUAUGAUCCAUACAUACAGUAUGCUGCAGUAGGAACGACAACACGAUAUACAGAAAAUAAGGCACUUACUUUGAUAGGAACGCACACAUGUCCAAAGUUAUUAUUUGUGAGGAAACAACAAUGAAGGCAAUGCGGGCGCCAGCCAGAAACAGUGCCAAGGGGGAAUCGUUUGUGCAAGGCCUGUUCUGACUAGAGAUGUGCAAUGUCUUCAUACUUGAUUUGGGGAAACACUGGGGAAGGGCUCUUGUUGAAGAGAGAAGUUUGUCCGGCUCUGUAAAUCUCAAACAUAAAUUGUCAGCAACAGUGAAAUGGGCUACUUCUUAUGUGAAUUAAUGAGGAGGCGGAACACACCUCAAUUCAAACUGUUGUUAGAAAAUAAAACUUGUUAGAAAAUAAUUUGAAAUUGACAAGUUGAAACAGACUAUAGGUAAUUAGCAGUCAGCGUGCCUUGGUUUGAGGGCAGCGCGGGUUAACUGUCCUGUUGCGUAACAAUCACAUUUUGGAACAGUGAGUGCAUUCUGACAUCACACGCAUAAAAAAACUCACGCUGGGGUGACCGUUAGAGAUAUUUGGAACUCACACGUGAAAAGGUUAAUGGCAUGAAACACACAUGUAAUAAUUGCCAAAGUAGAUGUGCAAUUGCACUUAGUAACUAUCUAGACCCAGGUGGCACCCUUUGAGGUGAGCAUGCAUGAGAUCACUGAGAUUUUCCCGCGCCACUCUUGGCAGUGCCACUCCCUCAGAACAGUGACCCAUCACGCCCUCCCUCAACACAUGACAGUCAGAAAGUAGAGGGACAAAAAUGGGUCCAAGAGCUGUGUGACUGAGUGUAGGAGCGGCGGAGGCUAAGCCAACCGUUGCAGCGGAACUAAUGAACUAAUUUAUUAAGUCUGUGGCGGGACGAGAGGAGGAGGUAGAGGCACGUCCUCCUUCGUGACAGAGCGCCAGGCAUCAAUCUCCCUAAUGGAAUACUGCGAGCAAGCAUAAAACAGACCAUAAUGCCACUCUACUGACUGCGGGGUGAAUGCAGCAGCGAGCGGUGAUGGCGAGCGGCCCCCCCAAUGUAGUAGGGGGAUCGUUCAUUAGCGCCUAUCCAGCUCGGCACCGCAGAUGCACACAUUCACACACACAAUGACACACACACACACACUCAGGAAGAGUAUCAUAAUGAAGAUCUCUCGCCCAGCAUGAGGUGUCUUCAAUUAAGUUUAAGCUUCCUUUUAACUUUAGGGAGCGAUUACACUUAAGCCCAACAAUCAGUUUUUUGGAUUUUGAUCAUUACAUUUUAGUCAUUUAGCAGACGCUCUUAUCCAGAGCGACUUACAGUUAGUGAGUGCAUACAUUUUCAUACUGGCCCCCCGUGGGAAACGAACCCACAACCCUGACGUUGCAAGCACCAUGCUCUACCAACUGAGCUACACGGAUCAUCUCAGAUGUUCUGGGUGUUUUUUAAUUGGCUGGUUUUGCAUGACUUGGAAGCUAACCAACCAAUCAUGUUGUGUCUUGGAUAGACAUGCCCAAGUUCCAGACCAACCAAACCAUAUUUUACUCGUGGGAGGGCAACCCGGUAAACAUCAGCUGUGACGUCAAGUCCAACCCGCCCGCCACCAUGCUAUGGAGGAGAGAACGCCUCACCAUCUCGGCCGAGGGCACUGCCAACACACGCGUCCACACGACCGACGGCAAGUCCUUGCUAGAGGUGGGUAUAGGAAGCAACAGGGCACUCACCGGUAACAGUCUAACUUCAGAAAUAAAAAUCAUGGCCACCUUAUCAUCCCCAGCUUCCAAGUGGUCUAUUCAACUCAUUUCCUCUCCUCUGCAUCUCUUCCCUAGGUCCUUGCCAACUUACCUGGUAAAAUAAGGCCUGAAUGAAAGAAACAAUGCUUUAUAUUGGCUAAAAUAGUGUUACCCAAAGCCUUCACUAAGUGUAAUGCCAGUGUCAGUAUAUUGACUUAGCUCUGGUCUCUGUGCUCACUCAAAUGUUUGUCCCUAGGUCACCCCAGUGUCCGAUAGGGAUUUCGGACGCUACAACUGCACGGCCCGGAACAACAUCGGAGCGAAAUACCAGGAGUUCAUCUUGGCCCAGGCAGGUAAGUGCUGGCCUCAUAAAGUAACCAAUCCCCCCCCCUCCUCAUUAUAGCACAUUGGACUUUCCCUUGAUAUCAUACACAUGGAAUCGGGUAAACCAUGCACCUCAACAUAUCAAAGUUCAUCCAUUAACCAAAUAGUUCCAACUGUGUAUCAUCCAUGUGGCAUGAUUGACCAAAUAUAGCCCCAGUCAACCAAUUAUAUAAUCUACUACUGACCAAAGCAACAAAACUCCACCCCAACUGGAAGUCCAGAUAGGAUCUUCCAACUGUUUUGCACCCCACCUGCUCUUUUUUGUUGUUGAUAACCUCCUUAUUUGCCAUUUCCAUGGCAGUAAAUCCCAUAACCACCCCCCAACCUCUAUUUAGCCUAACCUAAUCUCAAAUAGUGCUCGCUGAUUUAACAUAGUUCCCCCUAUUUACUAAAGUACCCCCUAAUUUACGGUGCAUAGCGCAGGCUAAUAUACAAUAACGCAGUCCAAUUCACUUUAGUGCAGAUUCAAUUACUUCAAACACAGGGCCUCUUAGAAGUAGAAUACUGAGAAAAAGGACUUACUAUUUUUUUAAGAGACAUUCUUCCACACACAUACCCAGAUAUGUAUGCAUUUGCGCAUACACACACACACACACACACACACGUCGGAACGCACACUUCAAACACACAGAGACACCUUUACAAACUCUCCUUCUGUCACACACACACAGACACGCACACUAAAGAAAAGUAAACAAGGCGUCGCUGAAUUAAGAUUCAGAUCUCUUUCCCUCUCUCUCAAAAUGAAUGGAGUGUCGCCACAUUGUGAAUAACAAACCAUAAGACUAAAACAGAGGUUUGGGAAUCUAUUAAAUGAAACAACGGGUCCUUCACACACACACACACACACACACACACUCUCCCGCCCAUCAGUUUGAUUUGGCUUCAAAGUCUGAUCAUUAAAGAGAGAGGAAACUUCUCUAGAUAGAAGACUGUGAGCCAACCCUGUCAGCCAACUACCCAGCUAAAUGCUAACACUUGAUUCAUGAUCAAUUCAUUCAUAUGGAAACUGUGUCGCAGCGCUAACCAGCUUAUGCAACUCUUUAUGUAACUUGAAUGAUAUUAUGAAUAGCAGAUCAUAGUUGAAAAGUCAUGUAUUAUCCCUGAUGUUAAGAAGAUUUGGGCCUGUAUUCACAAAGAGUCUCAGAGUAGGAGUAUUGAACUAGUAUCAGGUCCACCCUCUUAUUCAUUAUGACUUAAAAGGCUAAAUCAGAUCAGCACUCCUACUCUGAGAUGCAUCGUGAAUACGGUCUCUGGUGUAUUACUCAAGAUAUCAUGGGGUUGUGCCAAGUAAAAAUGCAGUGUAUAUAAGACUGUGAAGGUUUGACUCUGAAGGAUUGAACUGCCUAUACCCACAGUGCUAUCAAUUUGUCCCACUUCCCACUCUAACUUUGUGUCAUAUCUCAACAGAGAUAGAAAGAAUGAAAUAAAUACAGUUUAUGUGUAAAUAAUAACUUGUUGCUAGAUACACAUUCUAACUAUUCAACUUUAGCGAUGUGUACGACUUAUUUAGAAGAUAUGUGAUGGGUUUUCAGAAUCAAUUGUUGAAUCUGGCUUUGUACACAGACCUUCAUAGCUCAAACUUUGCUUUUAUCCAUAUGGUUGAUGGUUUCCCUUUGUGUGUGUGUGUGCACAUGGCCUUGCAUGUGUGUUUAUGUGUGUGAGUGUGUGUGUGCGUGUACUUAUACUAGUAUGUGUGUGUGCAUGCUGCAUAUCAGUGUGUACGUGCGUGCGUUUAUGCUUGUGUGUGUAUGUGUGGGCAUGUGUGUGCUCGAUUAUGUACAGCCCCGCAACCGUGCUGAAAGGCCUCUCUCUACUUAAUGUAUUCCUGGUCUUAUAAAAGAGAGGACAGCAACAUUUUAUUUUGAUUUGCUCGAAGCCCCGUGGCUCCACCAGAUAAAAGGGAAGUGUUUGUGUGAUAACGGGAUUGAGUCGACCACUGAUAAAUAUAAUGGCCUUGGCUUUUUUGAACUACGCCUGAACACUGUGUGUGGGUUAACACAAAGCAUUCUGCAUUGCAAAACCCAAUGAGCUCGAGUUGCCAUGGCUACAUCUUUUUAUCAAGUGUGAGAGUUUUGAUUUGCCAAUAACGACACACCAGCGACAUUAUGUUUCAGAACAAAUAGAGACAUCAAUGUAAUGUUUCUGAAGGGUUACCGGAACUGAUGUUUGGAUGUGUGUUUCAAUGGGGGACGGUUAUGAGUGUGACACCUAUUUCUCUGCUCUUUUCCAGACGUGCCCUCGAACCCGUACUCGGUGCGCUUGUCGGCCGUGUCGCAGCGCAUCGCCACAGUGACAUUCAUGAAACCCGACUCACAUGGCGGCGUACCCAUUGGCCACUACCUGGUCAACUACAAGGAAGUGGGCUCGCAGGACUGGAGAGACGUCAAGUCACAUGGCAUCCAGAGUGAGUGUGUUCCCUUAUUUCCCCUGUUUUGGUCUUCAUUAUCCCUAUUCUGAUCAUUAUCGCUGUCAUUAUGUCAUCAUCAUUGUUAUUUUCAUUCCCAUCAUCAUCAUCUACAUCAAAAUGGACAUCAUUUUAAUCAUCUUCAUCUUCAACACCAUCUUUAUCAUCAUCAAUCAUCGUUGUCGUCAUUAUCAUUAUCAUCAUCAUCAUCAUCAUCAUCAUCAUCAAUGGUACGGACAUUCUAGAUGACCAUCUCCACUAUAGCGACACACCUCACGUUUUCUCACAUUUACACUCCUUACAUUUACUCAGACAAAAAAAAGCUGCUGUGUUCUGGGACUAAGUAAGGUUAGGUCUUUCACUGCAACGUCUUGCCCACCUAAGUCAGACUAAGACCCCUCAUCCUUGACGAACCUUUGUUUCUGCACGUUAGUCCCCGUCCUCACACACACAAAUCGAACCAGUGAACCAGCCAAACAAGCGUGAGCAGGAAACCGUUGCUACUUGAUCCGCGCGGCGAUCCUUUAAAACCGUCGCUCCAUGGCAAGCCUCCACAAGAUCAGCAGGCCUCCUACGCUCGGGUCACAGAGCCUGUGAAAGGGAGGGAGGGAGAGAGAGGGGGGGGGGGGGCUGAAAAGCAACUUUCUAUUUCCCUUUCCGCUCUGGCUCCACGACUCCAUAUUGAUUUUGGAGGCACUCAGGGGAGUGUGUGCGUGAUGGAGGACAAAAAAAAAAAAGGAACUCAGAAGGACGAAUGCUCAGACGAUAAGCAGGUCUGACAAACCUGAAGGGCUUAUCGCUAAUAUCCCUCAUUUUGGAGUCAAUUACAAUAGUGAGAUGGAAUGCGGAGAAUGUUGAGCAGCGUGGAAGCACUGAGGGAUAGAGAGAGAACAAAGUGAUAUAUACAGGCAAUGGGAACAGAAAGAAAGACAGAGGGCGUUAAAGAGGAUAGAAUAAAAGAGAAAAGAUGAGGAAGAUGGAGAGAAAAACAAAAAGAAAGAUUUGCAAAGAAGGAAGAAAGAUUUUAGAGAGAAAGGGAGCAAUUUGGGAGAGGGAGAUAUUCGAGAGAUAUGUACAGUGAGAAUUCUUAAUUUGUGUUAGUUCUUGUGUUCCACCCCCACCUGUUUAACCACCUUCCUUGUCUCGAGGUGAGCAUGUUAAUGGAGAUAGCCAAAUCAACUAAUUACCAGUUGCAAAUUGACAUUUAGCCCUCGGAGCCACUUCAGGGCCUUAUAGUAAUGAUGCACAUUUGCACUAUAAAACUGCUCCGUGUAUAAUGAGUUGGCACAAUUUGUUCAUCUGAAUGCCAGUGGCGUUCACUAAAGGUCUCGUCAAACCCCUGGUAGAGCCCCAAGUUUAGCAAAUAGCUCAUUUCAUAUUUAGAUCCCCCAUUAUACAAUUGCAAAGCAACCAUUACCCUUAGCACACUUUUACAGCAACACAAGUUGCAAAACAACAACCUUCACCCAAGUUCAGCUAAUGCCUAACUUGGGAUUUCCGCAGGACGACCUAUGAAAGCUAUGUAAAUUACUUUAUUGUCGAAUUUACAUAGAAAUCAAUGAUUUUGGGCUGACUGCUGAGAAAAUCUCAUAAAGCUCUACUGAUUCAUGUAUUGCUAUUUUAGGAGUGGUUGUAUGAUCAAAUGUCUUUUUUAGAGAAUGACCGAUAUGGAUUUUUUAGGGGCGAUGCCGAUACCAUUUUCUGGGGGUCAAGGAGCCCGAUGGCCAAUAUUUUAGGCCGAUAUUGACUAUCAUUACAUUUGAAAAUUUUCAAAAUGUUAUUGACAGAUGCUUAUCAUUUCACUCCACACUGUGAAGUUGCACAUAGUAUAUCGGUAGUCACUAGUUUAAAGUGUAUUCCGGUAGAGUUUGAGAGUUCCAAAGAGGUUACAGUGACAUGUUGUUCUACUCCGAACAUUGAUGUUGAUGCUUUACUGAUGCUACUGAUCCCAGAGGAUCAAUAAUGGAGUACUAUUGCUUUCAUACUGUUUCCACACAAACAGCACUCCCACAUAUUGGCUUAGAGCCUCAGUGUACAGCAUUACCUUCGGUAUUAUCUCUCUGGCAAUGAAUGGAAGCAGGCAGGGAGGAGGUAUGCUAGCUAGCUCAGCUGCAGUGGAUUACUCACCCAACACAUCUAGGCACACAGAUCCCCCUGUGGCACUCCACAAUGGUACGUCCCACCCUCUGUAUUGACAAGAGAGUGGUCCUGAUAGGAACAGGGGAUUUGUGGCACUAGCAUAGUGGUGUUAGCGGUGCUGUUAGCGAUUAGCUUUAGCGUAGAUGGUGACCACCCCCUUCACUCCACUUGUCAAAAAAUCUGUGUUUGUCUGUAUCCCUCUCUGACUUUCUAUGCUUCUUUGUAUCUCUUAUUCUGUCUGUCUGUCUUUUUCCCUUCUCUCAACCUCUGUCUGUCUGACUGUCUGUCUGUCUCUCCACCUGUCUCUCCAUCUCUGUCUCUCCGUCCGUCUCUGUUGCUGUGUCUUUUUGUCUGUCUGCCUGCCUAUCUGUAUGUCUCUCUCUAUCGCUCUACCUCUCUGUCUGUCUGCGAACAAGCUAACAACAUGCUAACGUGCUAACAAAUGCUCUCCCUGAUUCUCCUCCUACAGUGAUAGUACUGCUGACAGGCCUAGAGCCCAACACCACCUACGAAGUGCGAGUGGCUGCAGUCAAUGGGAAGGGCCAGGGGGAGUUCAGCCACACAGAGUCCUUCCAGACUCUACCCAUACGUGAGCCCAGCCCCCCGGCGGUGCAUGGCCAGAGAGGGAUGGGCAAAGCCUACCGGCUGGGCCUGGUCAAGCAAGAUGACGGGGGCAUGCCCAUCGUUGAGUAC